AUGGAUGAAGUGUGUAUGAAUACGAUGAACAGUAACAACAACAAUGUUAACAACAACAACAUAAACAUUGGAUUGAGUAGUAGUAGUAUCAACAAUGUAAAUAAUAUAAUACCUCAACUUCAAUCACCCAAUGGCGCGGGUCCAUCAACACCACCUCAGCCACUCAUGAUGACCUCACCAAUAGUGUCGCCAGUCCACGUUCGUUUGAACAAAUGUGCAAUUGACACUGAUGAGGAAGAUGGCCCUGAGGACACAGUUGGUAUUUCAAUGUAUGGAAAUGGAAUUAGAGCAACUAGUUUUGCAAGUGGAGUACUGGCAAGGGUCGUGGAGAGAUAUGAUAAUGAUAGGACAAAGUUGAUAUUGUCUUGUGUGUCUGGCGGUGGCGUGUUGGGAAGUGCAUUCUGUCAACGCGUCGCAAAGGAGAAGGCUCGCAAGAAUCAAGUGUCUAGAGUGGAUAUAUAUAAAGGAUUGGACGAGGACAUGCGCAAGAACAUUGCAUACUGUGUCAACUUUGGAAGUGUGCCACGCAUGCUUAUGGACAUCUUCAUGAUGAUUGGCAUGGUGGCGUUCCAGCUGGCACUGAUCGGAAUGACUGUGAUCCCCUUCAUCAUGUUCCUGGUCGAGACCAUGGCCACCUUCUACCACUAUGUGCCCUCGGACAAGGUGUGGAUACUGGCCGUGGUAGGCAUCGGCCUGACAGUCACCAUCUUUGCACUGUCCAUCAUCUUCAAAACGAUUUCCGUGUACGGUCUGUACCGCGCGCCAUUCAUCAUCUUCAACUGGUUCAAAGUGCUCACGUUCCUGUGCGCGCUGUUCACCGUGCUUGUGGGCAGUCAGGCCGGCAUGGAUCGCAUCGAGACAGCGUUUGGUGACUGGGUGGCUGGCGCGAUCGGCCUCUCAAUCACAGCAUUCUGGGCAAUCUUCCGAUUCCAUCCAUUCUUCUUCAUUGAACAAUGGAUCGAGAAUCUGAUCAACUCGCUCACGGGAUACGUGGCCCUUCUCUCGAUCUAUGGCAUCUUUAUGAAUUGGCGUCUGGGUGCUGUGGCCAGCGACACAAACUUGUUGUUUGGUCACAUUAUGUUCACGGAUUACAGAUGGUCCGUUGUACUGAUCACUACAAUCGUGUUGAUUGGAGUGUAUCCAGCAACGUCAUACAUCGCAGACAACCAUAUUCACGCGUUCUACAGAUGGCGACUACAACGCGCCUUCUACAAGACUGAUCACUCUGGCUUUGAUGGUAUCUUUGGCAUCUAUCCAGGAACAAAGUUCACACAGUUGGAUGACAGCGCAACAUACGUCAGCACAAUGACCGCCAAUCAUUGGCAGCUGGACCCCGGCUCAAGCCCCAUCUCCUCAUUAUCGAUUGGCAAGUGGCUGCCAGGCAUUGAUACCAACCAGCCAACGAACGACAUCAACCCACUCAAUGAGAUCAGGUACAUGCGAGGCGAGACCAACGGCCUGAACACAAGUCUGCAGACGGGCUGGAUGCGUGACCUCGAGAUCUCAUUCGCGAUGAUCAACAGUGGCGGCUCGCUCACCUCGUCGUUUGGCUCGGACGCCAAGUUCAAGACCUGGGAGAACUUCUUCUCGCUGUUCAACCUGGGCUUUGGAACGUGGACCAACAUGAACUACCAGAAGGACUUCAAAGCUCGCAGUGUCUACAUCACUAUGACUGGAAUGAUCCCAUUCCUCAUCGCCAUACCCCAAUGCUUCGUCUCUGUUCGCUCGGACUACCCAUGGGUCAUCUGGAUCCCUUGCGUGAUCCUCGUGUUCUACUUCCUGAUCGCCGAUCACUGCCCCUCGCACUGGGCCUCCACCAUGCAGAACCCAAUAGUUCGCGUCUUCCGAGACUCACUCAGCGUGCCCAUCGUCACUAAAUAUGGCGGUUACAUCUAUCUCUCGGACGGCAGCCACAGCGAGAACACCGGCCUGUUUGUCCUGCUGGCCAACAAGGCUAUCAAGACGAUCUUCAUUGCGGAUGGCUCGGAGGAUGUGGAUCGCGUCUGCUCAGAUCUACGCAAGACAAUCACAGAAGAGCGUGCAUUUGGCUGGGACUUCUUCACGCAAGAGGGACACGACAUUGAACGCGAGUUGAUUGAGUUCCAGCGCGAUCGAACCGUACGCCACAUCGCAAUGAAGGCCAUCAACGAGAAGGAAGGCCGACAGGUCAACAUCUAUUUCCUCAAGCCAAUCGAGCGAGCCAAUCGCCACGAGAUCAGUGGUGUGGCAUGUGAGUGCUGCCAUGCCUCUGCCAACUGUUGCACAUGCCUCAAUGGCAUGAUCUCAUUCCCGGGCGACUGCUUCAACUACCUGUUUGGACGAUUCCCCAACACAUCAUCCUACUACCAAUUGUUCACACCUACCAUGUACGACGCGUAUCGCUCUGAAGGUGUGGCUGCGUUUGAUUCAGUACAACAACUGAAGUGUAGCAAG